AUGGAUUCCGAUCUAUGUUCCAAACCUUCCAAGAAAUCAAAAAAGGACAAAGAUUCCAAAAAGAAAAAGUCAAGUAAACAUAAGAAACAUAAGAAGCAUCAUAAAAAACGAACUCGUCAUGAAGACCAUAGCAAAGGCGAUGAAGGUAGUUCUUCUGAAUCAGAUCAUGAAAAAUUAGACAAGCGUAUGUUAGAGAGUGAGUUUUCAAAAGAUUCUUUACAGAAUAAAAAAUCGGAUCGCGAGAGUUUAAUUCAAGAUGAAAGUGAUUUUAUACCUUCUGGAAGUGGUAGAGCAGGUAUUAAAGUCGAAUCAAGUUCUCAGACUGUAUUUACCAAUUUUAGAAAUCCGUUUAGUAGAGAAACCUUUAAACGACCACAAGAUCAAGAUAGUUUAUAUUAUUCAUCUACUUCCAGUGGCAACUAUUCAAAAAAACGGUCACGAUCUUCUUCACCACCUAAUCAUGAUGGCUUGAAGCAUAUUUCGAGUACGAGUAAACAAACUAUACCAUCUGUCAUAUCGGUAUCAUCUCCCAAACCCACUUUAUCCGUUUCCGACUUAAAUAAAUUACAAGCAAAGUCUAUUCGAGCCAGGUUGAUGAAUAUGCCUAAUGCGGAUGAUUUAGAGAAGCAAUAUGAGGAAGCCAAGAAAAAAGUAGAGGCUGGUCCUGAAGAUUCUGAACCACAUGUCGAAGUAUUGUCUAUGUUGGAUAGCAAAGGUAGACUUUAUGAUCUUCAAGGACAGAAAUCCGAAUCUCCACAGAAAGCUGGACCUUCACGUCGUAAGAAAGAAAAGGUUGAUACACAUGAUACGAGUGGUGAGCGGAUCCGUUAUUUCCAGGAUGAUGACGAUCUUACAUUAAAAGACUUAAUACGUCAGGAAAAAUUUGGAAAUAGGGAUACGAUGGAUUCACAAAUCGCGGGAAGGAUUAUGAAAGAUUCCAUGUUUCAGGAUGAUUUAGAAUAUAUGGAUGAAAAGGCAGAUAGUAUAGCAAAGGUACAAACAAGAUCUUUCGAGCAAAAGAAAGAAUUUGCUAUUAGGGAUUUCCAAAAAUCAAAGCAAGUUUUGGAUAAUUGCAUAUAUUGCUUAAAAGAUAAUUCAAAGCCUCAAGUUGCCAUGGUAUCUCUAGGAUACAGGGCAUACAUUGCCUUGCCAAAUGUAGUAGAGAUGACGCAAGGCCAUUGUUUGAUCGUUCCUGUUCAACACGUUAUUUCAACAUUAGAAUGUGAUGAUGACGUAUGGGAUGAAAUACGGAAUUUUAUGAAAUGUUUAAUCCAAAUGUUUGCCGAUGAAGGUCGUGGGAUUAUCUUUAUGGAAACAGUUAUUAAUAUGAAAUGGAAUAACCACACUGUGAUAGAAUGUAUACCAAUGCCUUGGGACUUGGCUCAGGAUGCCCCCGCAUAUUUCAAGGAAGGAAUCCUGGAAAGUAGUGGAGAAUGGUCUCAGAACAGAAAAUUAAUUGACACAUCUAAAGCCACUUUUAGAAGGUCAAUGGUUAAAGAAUUACCAUAUUUUCAUGUUUGGUUUGGAUUAGAUAAAGGUUACGGGCAUGUGAUAGAAAAAGAGAAAGCCUUUCCUUUUUGGUUUGGAAAGGAAAUUCUUGCUGGGAUAUGCGAUUUACCUCCAAACCUAUGGAGAAAACCCAAGAAGUUAAAUCCAAGAGAUAACCCUGAUCGUAUUCAAGAAUUUAUGAAAAAAUGGAAGAAAUGGGAUUGGACAAAAAUGUUGCAAGAAGAACAAUAA